AUGCAGAGAAAUAGCCGACUGAAGCGUGAGCUGCAGAUGCUGAGCACGGAGCCGCCACCGGGAAUCUCGUGCUGGCAGACCGAGGGUCAAAUUGAUGACCUAAGAGCCCAAAUUGUUGGGGGUGAGAAUACACCCUAUGAAGGUGGUCUCUUUUCACUGGAGAUAAAGAUUCCUGAAAGGUAUCCAUUUGAGCCACCAAAAAUGUGUUUCCUGACACCGAUAUACCAUCCUAAUAUUGACAGUACUGGCCGCAUUUGCCUUGACGCUCUUAAACUGCCACCCAAGGGAGCCUGGAGGCCUUCACUGAACAUCUCCACCGUGCUCACCUCCAUCCAGUUGCUCAUGGCCGAGCCCAACCCAGAUGACCCCCUCAUGGCUGACAUUUCCUUUGAAUACAAGUAUAACAAGCAGGUGUACCUGGAGAAGGCAAAGAGGUGGACUGAGAAGCAUGCCAUUCAGCGGAACAAGGGCUUUGAAGAGACUAAGGAAAACAUAGCUGAAGACAAGCUGGAGAAAGCACUGCCAAUGUGCCGCAAAAGGGAAGCACACAAUUCAGAAGAGCGGCAGGACGAUUCAAAAAAGGCUUGCUUCUGA